UUUGGCGGUUCCAUCGACAGCCUCUUCUAUUCAUUUGCGUUUCCGUUUAAGCUUCUUCCAAUUUUCUUAGUUUUUCUCGCCAACCUACCCCAGAUACAUGCAUAAUUUUCUCUUGUAUAUUUCUUACUCGUCCGACAAUGCUUUUGCAUUCCAUUCACUUCAUCUGUUCUUGACUUCCGCGUUUGUUUGAUCAAUUCCUGGGUAUUUGGAGUGGACGAGAAUGGGAUUUCUGAGCAGUUUAUUGGAUAUUGUUGGUUUUGGAAUUGGAAUCCCAUUUGGGCUUUUGGUGGGGUUUUUCCUUUUUGUUUAUUCCCAGCCCAAGGAUGUACAGGACCCAGAUGUCAGGCCACUCUCUGAGCUUGAUUCAAGCACUCUGAUGGAUCUUCUCCCUGAACUUCCAUUCUGGGUGAAAAAUCCCAACUACGAUCGAGUAGACUGGCUAAACAAGUUUAUCUUGAAUAUGUGGCCUUACCUUGAUAAGGCAAUUUGUGACACAAUUAGAUACAUGGCACAGCCCAUAUUUGAUGAAUACAUUGGGAAGUAUCAGAUUGAAGCAAUUGAGUUUGAGAAGCUAAGUCUUGGAACCCUUCCUCCUAUACUUCAUGGUAUUAAGGUGUAUGAGACUAAUGAGAAGGAGUUAGCCAUGGAACCAGCGAUCAAAUGGGCUGGCAAUCCCAACAUAAUUUUGGUGCUAAAAUGGUUGCCUUUCCGAAUUACAAUUCAGUUAGUGGAUUUACAAAUAUUUGCUGCACCGCGGAUAACUUUGAAACCUCUUGUGCCUACCUUUCCAUGUUUUGCAAGCCUAGUGCUAUCUUUGAUGGAGAAGGUAAGCAGAAACUUUGUUCCCUUUCUGGGUGAAUGGACUUACAACAAUUUUUUUUUUUUUUUUUCCAUUCUUUUUGUUUACUUGCAGCCACAUGUAGACUUUGGGUUGAAGAUACUGGGAGGGGACAUCAUGUCCAUACCUGGCCUUUAUCGGUUUGUUCAGGAAACCAUCAAAAGAGAAGUGGCAAAGCUCUAUCUAUGGCCUCAAACUCUUGAAAUACCCAUUCUUGAUGCUGCAACAGGUGCCAUUAAGAAGCCUGUGGGAAUACUACAUGUGAAGGUUGUUCGAGCACUCAAACUAUUGAAGAUGGACUUCUUGGGUUCAUCUGAUCCUUACGUUAAGCUCAGCCUUAGUGGAGAAAGGCUUCCAGCAAAGAAAACUACUGUCAAGAGGAAGAACUUGAACCCUGAGUGGAAUGAGAAGUUUAAGCUCAUAGUGAGGGAUCCCCAGGCUCAAGUUCUUCAGCUCUAUGUUUAUGACUGGGACAAGGUGGGGGCACAUGACAAGUUGGGAAUGCAAUUAGUUCCUCUGAAACUGUUAACACCCCAUGAGACACAGGAAUUUACACUGGAUUUGUUCAAGAACACAAAUCUUAGCGAUCCACAACAGAAGCAAAGAGGUAAAAUUGUGGUGGAGCUGACCUUUGAUCCUUUUAAAGAAGACCAUGAGUGUUACAGUGGGCCUUUGGAUGGAUAUGGAAGGAAGGAAAGCAGAAUAUCAAGGACAUCAGACGAUGACACCCCAAGCGGAGCAGGUUUACUUUUGGUCACAAUCCAAGGAGCUGAGGAUGUAGAGGGCCAGCGCCACAAUAACCCUUAUGCUGUAAUCCUUUUCAGAGGAGAAAAGAAGAAAACAAAGAUGAUGAAGAAGACUCGUGACCCGCAAUGGAAUGAAGAAUUCCAAUUCAUGCUUGAAGAGCCUCCUCUGAGCGAGAAGAUCCAUAUUCAAGUAAUAAGCCAGCGAUCAGGAAUCGGUUUUAGGUCAAAGGAGUCAAUGGGGCAUGUGGACAUUGAUCUUACAGACGUUGUGCAUAAUGGGCGCAUCAACCACAAAUAUCAUCUCAUCAAUUCUAAGAAUGGACAAAUACACCUUGAGAUAAAGUGGAAGAUGAUCUGAGAAUUGGAACCAGCACACAAUGAAAUCUCCUUUAGCUUCUAUCAGCUCAUCGAUACAGCUUUUCUACCUCCAUACAUGGAAUGCUGAAGAUUAAUACAACCAAGAAAUUUACGAGGAAAAUGAUGUAUACCCAACUUCAUAAUAUUUUUUAAAAGAAGGGAAGAAUCCAAGUAUCAUAAGUUUAAGUUGAUGGACAUUCAUUUUUUUAUCUUCUUGAAAACGUUUUGCAACUUGUUUUACUGUCUUCAUCUUUCAAAGGAUUAUGGAUAAAGAAAUAGGAGUAUAGCAGCUUGUAUAGAAGAAUCUUAUAUGUAUUGAUGGUCUUGUAUCUGUGGAAUGAAGAAACAAAUUUUAUGUUGGAACUCA